AAAGAAAAGGUAAAUAAAUUUCUAAACGAUAAAAUCCACAAAGUGAAAUUAAUGAAAUUAGUAUACGUACAGAUGGCGCGAUCUAAUCGAUUAGAGAUUCUCAUUUAUCCGAUUAAAUAUAAAUUUUUCUAUUGGCAUUUACAAAACGUUUAAUGAGCUUAAAGGUUAAAUAAUAAAUAUAUAUAUAUAUAUAUAUAAAAAAAAAAAGGAAAAAUUUUCUCUUUGAGAUAAUAUUUCAAAAUUUGUCGUUUGCCAGUCCGUUCGCAAUUGAACGAAUUUAAUCUAUGUCAAUCUCGAAAUGGCUACCUUUUUCACAACUAAUUCAAAUUUAUGGGAUUUCGAAUCGGUGGAUUUACGAUUAGGACGAUUUGAAAGUAGACCGUUCAAUGGUGGACAAGCAACGUCCUCGAAUAAAUUUAAAGGUGAAAUAAGUGUCAUUGAAAAAUCGAAAAAUAACAAUCAGUCUAAUCGUCAAGUUGAUAAGAAAAUAUUGUCGACGAGGAAAAAGGGUAUGAAUUCUUUUUUAAAUAAACCAUCGUCUCCAAUGAUCUCGAUGAAAGGUUUCAAGAAUGUUUCGAACAACAAGGACAAUUCUUGCAGAGUAAAAACGUCGGCGUUACUCUACGAGAUAACAGAUCGUAUAAAUCAAUUGGCACAACCGCGCAUACGAUCGAAUGUUUACGAUUUAACUGAAAAUCGUGCAAGUGUUAAUAAAAUUCCAAAGGCAACGCCAAGAAUUCUCGAACUUUCAAAACCAAAAACAAUUUAUAAGCCACCAUCUAAAUUAUUUCAUUAUGUUGCACCGGCUGCUUUAUCGGCAAUUCCCACCGAUCGUAUAAUAGAAUUAUCGAGACCGAAGAAAAAUCAAAAGAAGACAUUUAUGAGAAAGAGAAAAUUAAUUUAUGCCCCAUGUAAUUCGAGGAUAUUGUAUUUGGCACGUGCAAAAAGUUCGAAAUGCGAUAUCGAUGAUUUUGGAAGAACGUCGUCGAGACAUAGAAAAUUCAGGAUGGAAAAAGAAAAAUUGAAGAAGAAGCAAGGCUUGAGAAAAUGUACGAAGGAACUUAUUUAUAAUGCGAAUCGUUUGAAUAAGAACGUAAGAUGGGAAAGGAUGAGGAAAAAGAGGAAGAGAAAAGAAAAAAGAUGUAGGAGAGGUUUUGCUAAACAGGAUCCAAGAUCUUCAAACUCGAAUAGAACGGUCAUUUCUAUCAACCAGGAUUAUGAUCCCACUGUAAUUAUACCGAGGAAAAGCAAAUCAAAGAAGAGGAAACAAAAAGACAAAAUGAAAGCAAAGAAGAAAGGAAACUCUCUUAAUGUAGGGUUAAAGAGAAAUGUGGGAUUUUUCUAAUAAUUAAAUAAAAAAGAAAAAAGGGAAAAGAAGAAGUAGAAGAAGAAGAAAAAAGAGAUAUAACGAAAGAACGAGAAUAUAUAGGAAAAAAAAAAGAGAGAAAAGAAAAAGAAGAAGAGGAAGAAUAAAACGAAAAAGAAAAUAAAAACAUGAAGAUGGCGAGGACGAUGGUAAAUGUUGAAAGUUCAAACGACAAAUGAGGACUUACCACAAAUCACGUCUAGCAUAGCUCGUUUUGCAUAUGGAACGAUGUCGAAGCUCUUGCCAAUCUCUUUUUCGAGACAGCUGAUCAUAAUUUUAACCUCAUUCGUAGCGCUAUUGAAAUAUUCCUCAAGGAGGCCACUGUGAAAGGUCGGUGUUAGUAACUUCCUACUAUGAUACCAAACAUCGCCUGAAAAUAAAAAAUAAAAAAAAAAUAUAUAUAUAUACAUGUAUCGAAAAUAAAAAUCUAAACGAAAU